AUGUCAAAAAAACGUGGGUUGAGUGCUGAUGAAAAGAAGGUCAGAAUGUUGGAGAUUUUUCACCAAACCAAAGACUUCUUUCAGUUAAAGGAACUAGAAAAGAUUGCUCCAAAAGAGAAAGGUAUAACAAUGCAGUCAGUUAAGGAGGUGGUUCAAAGUUUGGUGGAUGAUCAUCUUGUAGACACUGAGAAAAUUGGCACUUCUAUUUAUUUUUGGUCUUUUCCAAGCAAAGCAAAAAACAGCAAGAAGAGAAAACUUAAUGAGCUACAGACAGAGUUUGAAGAUAUCAAUAAGAAGAUUAAAAAAGCAGAAGAAAAUAUUGCCUUGGAGUCUAUUGGCCGAGAACCGAGUGAGGAGAGAACACAACUUUUAGCAACAUUGGAGGAACUGACUAAAAAGGAGAAUGAGUUAAAAAAAGAACUGCAAAAGUAUAGAGAUUGUGAUCCCGAGUACAUAGCAACACUUAAAACUGAAACCGAGGAUUUAAAGGGAGCCAUUAAUAGAUGGACAGAAAAUAUUUACAUUCUCAAAUCAUACAUGAAGAAUACUUUUCAAGUGGAAAGCGAAGUGAUCAAUCAGAAUUUUGAGAUUCCUCCUGACAUAGACUACAUAGAGGAUUAG